UGCGGGGCCGGGGGGGCUGCUUCCCGGGGGGAGCGCCCUGGGACCCCCAGGGUGGAGGCGCCCGACCCAUCCUUGACUGUUUCUGGGCAGGGGUGGGGCAGAGCCCCUUCCAGCGAGGGGCUGGCACAGCUACUGCGUGGGGCAGAGACCUGCAAAUUCCUCUGGAUCUCUGGGGAUGGUUCCUUCCCGGGUGAGCUCUUAGCUGCCAAUGGCCAGGGUUGCAGCACACUGGGUGGAAAAGCCUCCUUUCCCAAACUGACAAAGCCAGCACAGCAUCUCUCAAGAGCCUCGGGGAGGCAGGGGAGUGAAGAGGCUGGUAAGAGCAAGGGCAGUGGGAAGGUGAGAGGGACAAGCCAAGCACUUUGGAGUCCCACUGUGCUUGGGCUGGAUCACCCAUCAGCAUUGCUCAAGCACCAGCUCUCCUGGAGCUGCUGUGAGGAUUCUGCUAGGACCAUCUAGGGGCCCUUUACUGCUGUAAAACAGUUUUGCAAGAUGCCUGUGCUCAUUAAUUUUAAUGAGGUCUGUCUUCCUAGGCUGAAAGACUCUGAGGAAAAGGCACAAGAUCAAGCCUUGCCAUAGUUGUGCCUGGGGAGGAGUGGGACAGCCGAGGGGGCUCUGCAGGUGCCCAGUUGUGGCCGUCUCAUGUGGUAUCUGGGCGCUGCAGGCAUCUACAAGCUCUUGAUAGGGCCAUAUCGGUGGUGGGACCAGUACGUUGGUGGGUUCAAGUCCUCCUGCUCAGGGUACAGGUGGCUCAGGACUUCAUCCCCGGAGGGGAUUCCUCCCCAGCAUCAGGGAGCAGAGCCCCGGGGAUCACAGAUGGGGAGACUGCACAGUGCUGCAUGCCGGUGUGGAGCCUGCUGGCUGGUGUCCCCAGUCCUUACCUCUCUCUGCCUUGCAGCAUCUCUGCCCUUCGUCAUCCUGACACUGGUGAACUCCCCGUACAAGCGAGGCUUCUACUGCAGUGAUGACUCCAUCCGCUACCCCUACAAGGCAGACACCAUCACCCACGGUCUCAUGGCUGGGGUCACGAUCACCUGCACUGUUGUCAUUAUCUCAUUGGGGGAGGCUUACCUGGUCUACACUGAGCGCCUCUACUCCAAGUCAGAGUUCAACAACUACCUGGCUGCCCUCUACAAGGUGGUGGGGACCUUUCUCUUUGGGGGGGCCAUCAGCCAGUCCCUGACUGAUCUGGCCAAAUACAUGAUCGGCCGUCUCCGGCCAAACUUCCUGGCUGUCUGCAAUCCUGACUGGUCCAAGGUGAACUGCUCCAUCUAUGUGCAGCUGGAGAAUGUCUGCCAGGGAGACAGCAGGAACAUCACCGAGUCCAGAUUGUCCUUCUACUCGGGACACUCCUCCUUUGGGAUGUACUGCAUGAUGUUCUUGGCGCUCUACGUGCAAGCCCGGCUGGUGGGAAAGUGGGCCCGGCUGCUGCGUCCCACCAUCCAGUUCUUCCUCAUCACCUUCGCCAUCUAUGUGGGCUACACCAGGGUGUCUGACUACAAGCACCACUGGAGCGACGUGCUGGUGGGGCUGCUCCAAGGGGCUCUCAUUGCCGUCCUCAUCGUCCACUAUGUCUCUGACUUCUUCAAGCACCGUCCCCCAAGGCAGUGUGAGGAGAAGGACCCAGAGCGCAAGCCCAGCCUGCCGCUCACCUUGAGCGAUCCUGACCACAAUCACUACAGCUACCGCGGUGCCCCGUGAGCCGCACACGGCCCGUGCACGCCAGACUGCAGACAUGCCCCUUGCCAUGCUCUGCUCCUGGCUCAGGGAUGAGGACUCUGGCUCUGUAUUAACUGUUGGCUCCAUGGCUCUGGUGCCUCCGACUGCCACAGGUACCAGCGGGGCAGCCCUGCCUGUUCCCACUCCCACAGUGCCGCAGCACCCAGCUCCCCAUGCCCAUAGUGCUGCUGUGCUUGGCGGUACCUGGUGAUGCCAGUGCCCUGCCUCUGGGAAGGGGAUGUCCUCAACCCCUGUGCAUCUGAGUCAUGCUCCAAGGCUGCUGUCCCAGCCCUCCACAUGGAGGAAGGGGAGGGAGGGAAGGGUGGCACGCGGGGAUGGAUUUAUUGGGCUGGCAAAGCACACUGAGCGAAGAGCAAACUCCUCGGGAAGUCUGACUUUGCCUGUGCUGAGUGUGUGUUGUCCCUGUCAAAUUAUCCAGUCCCUUCUGAGUACAAAUCCUCACAGGCACAGAGAGAGGAGGACAACUGCUAGGCUAGCUAUACUUUUUUGGAAAGGAUUAAAGCAAUCCAGAGCUUUUCUUUGUUCCACUGGUUACCUUUAAGAGCAGUCCUGCCCACCAGCAGCUGGUGCAAGCAAUGAGUGCCUGGGCAGGCUCUUUUCUGGCAGUGCCUGAUGCUGCAGUCCUGGGUGUGAGGGCUGUUUGCCCCCCACCUGCUUCAUACCUGGCUUGGGCAAGGUGUUGCUCUGGCCUUUGUCAUUCCUGCAGCUUCAGCUGAUGCUUUAGGGUGUGGGGAGGGCUAGGGAGACACUUUCUGUGGUAAAGGAAAAUAAAUGGGGAUGGUGAGCUGAACAUGGGAAGAGGGGGGCAAUGGGUAUGGAGCAGUCCCAUUGCUGACACGCAGCUGCCUCCAGCACUGGAGCGCUAUGGGUCUCUCUUUAAAAUACAUGCAUUUUCAUUAUGAUGUGUUUUUAUAAAAAUGUUUUUAAAUUAGGUCAUCCUUAAAGAA